CAAACUAAGAAGUCAAAUCCCCUCAACGAUCUCAUUGACACUGAGAAGGCUUAUGUUGAUCACUUGACUGGCAUCAUCCGUAAAGUAGCUGCUGCCUGGUCACGUUCAAAUCUGCCGCCUCCAGAAUUGGAUAAGAUGUUUAGGAGCAUCGAGGCAGUUUAUAAGGCGAAUCGUACCCUUCACUCGAAACUAAAAGACAUCGGUGCGAAUCCGUCAUCGCCAAAAGCUCUGGGAGAUUUGCUGAUGCGAUGGAUUGAUGACUUGGAGGCUCCAUACACCGCGUAUUGUACCAAGUAUUGCUUUGGAUUUGAUACCUGGGAGCCAGUUCAAUCCAACCCGCGCUUGUCAUCCACCCUAGCAACUUUUUCUGUUUCAAAUCCCCCUUUAAACGCUGCCCUUACAGCUUCCUCGGACUCUCCGACUUGGACGCUUGACGCGCUUUUUUUACUUCCGAAGGCCAGAUUGAAGUAUUAUAGAAAGCUGUACAGCAGACUUUUGAAGAGUACGGCACCAGGACGGAGUGACCAUCGCCUUCUGGUUGGUGCGUUGGAUACAUUGGACAGGCUUUUGGACAUUUUGGAGAGCCGUUCGUCCCUCCAAGUCGGGGAGUCUUCGCCGUCCGUUCCAGCCGUUCUUGAAAUGGAAGAUGAAGUCGUCAUUGAUAUGAGGAGCCAGUCUGCUGCGAGCAAUCCGCGUCCAAAUGAGGGGGAUGCAGCGCAAGGUAGUGAGAGCGGUUCGAACCACGGCAGUACAUUCUCGGGCGGUAGCGAGCGCCUCUCAAGGGAAACAGCCUCUACAUCUAUCAGUCGUGGCUCCAGCGCCACCCUCUCCAUGCCGAUCUCUGACCUUGAACGGCGGCUAGUUACACACCGCACGCUUGAUAUAUUCACCAUGAAGCCAAAGGUCGUGAAGCUCCAGAUGACGCCUCCAUCACUGACGUUCACCCGCGAAAUGCGACUAUCGUCGGACGUCUUAAUUCGUUUCAAGCCUCGUGCAACUGGUGUGGAAGUUGUACACCAACAAGGACAUAUAUUUCUGCUAUCUGACUUAUUUCUGGUAUGCGAGAGGAUGUCUCCUCAAGAUCAAUCACAACCUGGACUUGAGGGAGCAGAUAUGUGGCUCUGUUACCCACCACUGGCAGGGAAGGUCUUACGCGUUUCCGAAGUUGGCGGCCGAGAUAAUGCACUCGAGGUGGCGAUCAUGCGGAAAGAACAUCUCAUUCUUGAAACACGAUCAAGAGAACAACGCGACUCAAUGAUGGCCCGUUUCAAGGAAUGUAUCGAGUUUUCCGGUUCAUUACCGCCACCAUCAAAACAACCUCCGCCGCCGGUUCCUUCGCUCAAUGGUAUUCCUCGAUCAGUAACUGAAGGCGGAAUCGCACCUACGCGACGAUCCAGUUCGCCUCAUGCUGGCGGUUUGCCAUCACGACCACAACCACCUCCUGCAUAUCAAGGUCCUGAUGCUUCCCGGAUUACCGAGGACAUGUCUCGACUUCAAAUGAGUCCGGAGAAUAAAAUCCAACCGGAUCUCCCUCGACAGCCUCCAAUACAUAGCGACCAACCCCCUCCUCCCCCACACCUGCGACCCUCUGCCUCUGCCCAUGCUUUCACAAAUUCUCCUUCUCCAUUCGGUCCACCGAACGCCAUACCUCCUGUCCGAAGUGCAAGCUUUACCCCAAAUGGUCCGCUGCCGGGUCCCAGCUACAACCCGAAUCCUCACCCCUUUCCUAUCAAUCCUACCCAUCGAAGUCAAAGUCCUUAUGGACCUGGUGGCCUGCCCCCACGACCUCCUUCUGACCCUUCAUUGAACCAGAAUGGUGUACGGAAGUCUCCAUCUACACGUUCUCUUGCAUCUCAAUAUUCUCAACAUGACCAAUUGGGCUCUGCCCCUCCCAUGCCGCCAUUCCCUGGUGGAUACCCCCCAAACAACAUGUCACCUAUUCCCCGAAACAACUCUCUCGGUGCGCUACAUGCUCCCCAACCACGCCCAUUAUUGCCAUCUGCCCAACCUUCAUCUCGGUCAGUUUCAAUGGUGGAGCCGUCAUUCGACGAGCCCAGUCCGCCGAACUCACCAGUUCAAGAAACUCCACAGCAGCUUGGGCCAGUCACGUCGACGAUAUCAGCGCAAAUGAAGUGCAAAGUUUUCCUCCAACAACAUCAUGCGCAGUGGAAGUCGCUGGGAUCCGCGAAACUCAAGCUGUAUCACCAGAGUCCUACCAACAUCAAGCAACUGGUUGUCGAGGCGGACAACAAGGAUAAAUCUGUUUUGAUCUCCACUAUAGUUUUGACGGAUGGUGUGGAACGUGUCGGCAAGACAGGUAUCGCCAUUGAGUUGAGCGACAAAGGUGCCCGAACUGGCAUCGUUUACAUGAUACAGCUACGAAAUGAUAGUUCUGCCAACGGCCUAUUCGACAGCCUUCUUGCAGGGUCUGAUCGGGCAGGCCGAUGA